AUGUUAACAAUCGUAGUUUUAUUAUUCAUAUAUGUCUGCGAACUCAAUGGAUUAAUUCCUUAUGAUGGAAUAAUUCAUCGUUCAUCUGAUGGAAGUUCUUAUGCAUUUUUAUCUCCACCUAACAUAGGUAAUCAUGCGUCAUUUAUUGAAGAAAUAACUCCAAGUGGUACAUUGGCUGUUGCUUGGUUUUCAGGCGGUGAACAACAACCCAAUUGUUCAAUAGCACUAUCACUUUUGGAAUUAGGUUCACAACAAUUUAAACCUGGUGUCAUUGUUAGUGAACGUAUGAAUUAUUCCAAUCAAAAUCCGGUUCUUUAUUGGAAUAAUCAAACACAAGUAUUACAUUUAUAUCAUACGCAACAAUUGGGACAUGUCAAAGAAAGCUAUGCUCAAAUAUGGCAUUUGUACAGUGAAGACCGAGGUAUAACAUGGACAAGUCCUGAGAUAUUUUAUAGUACAUUAGGCGGAUGGGAUCGCAAUCGUAUAAUUCCAACAUUCGACAAAGAAGGACUUAUUUUUCCUUGCUACAAUUCAACAUUGAAUCAUCUCGAUUAUUCAUUUAUAUUCCGAAGAUCAACAUCAACAUCGAAGUUUAUUCGAAUUAAUAUGACAGAAAGUGACAAUCUUGUUCAACCUACAAUUAUUCGUUUGGAUAAUUCAGAAAAAUUGCGUGCAUUCUUUCGAGAUAGAAGAUUUCAAUGCAUUUAUUAUUCUGAUAGUAAUGAUGAUGGAUUAACUUGGACUAUACCAAAAGCGACAGUCCUGCCAAAUAAUAAUGCAGCAAUUCAAGCUUAUACAUUAAAAAGUGGAGCUAUUAUUAUGGCAUUUGAUAAUCUGAAUGGUACAAAAAGGUCACCAUUAACUGUCGCACUUUCUUAUGAUAAUGGAAUGACAUGGCCAUAUCAUAGAGAUGUUCAAAUUCAUGAUGAUGAUAAUUCGACUUUCAUUGGAGAAUAUUCUUAUCCAUCAAUAUUACAAACGUCUUGGACUGCAAGUGAUGAUAAUGAUAUUCAUUUAGUUUAUACAUACGAUAGACAAACUAUAAAAUAUGUUAGAUUUCAUGAAAAUUGGGUUAAACAACAACAACAAUAA